AUGCCGCGGUCGAGAGCGACAUCGAGCCCGGCAUCACCUGAUAAACGAUUGCCAGUCAAUCCGCGCCGGCACAAAGUCCCCAUAGAGCAAAGAAAGCGCGUCGCUACUGCCUGUAAUGUCAAACGCGUCAAGUGCUCCGGCGAAAGGCCAUGCAGGCAAUGCAAGAACACGUCGAGGGAGUGCAUCUACCCCGUCACUGUCGACAAGGUGACGAUUGCAAAAUCAGAACUGGACGCGCUGCGCGCCAAGUGUGCCGCCCUCGAGCGAUGCUUGCAAGAAGCCGUGCCCGACACUGCCCGCCGCCAACAGCUUCUCGCACUAGAUAGCAAGUCCAACGCACCGAGGCGAGGAAGCGACGGCCUCCACUCGCCAGCCGCAAGUUCGGUGGGCGAUGUUCUUGAGGAGGACUCGGCCGUUGCGGAAGACGGAAGGCUGUUGCAGGACACGGACGGAACGGCCCGGUAUCUGGGCGAGACGUCUGGGGCUACAUUCCUUGACAAUCUCAAACAGUUCAUGUCGACCAUAUUCCCGCUCGCAUACAACGGAUCAGCUCCAUCAGAUCCAUCCAUGCACGUUGGUAACAUGUUCCUGUCGUCGGUGGGCAGGUACCAGACAAGCGACUCGCAGCCGCUACUGGUCCCCAUCGUCGACCCCCUCUGGUUGCCAACAUCUACCGAAAUGUCGGUCAAGUUGAGUGACCUGCGCUAUUUCAUACAGGAAGGCGGCGCCAUCUCGGGGGGAAUAUACUUUUGGGGAGACCUCACAAGCCUACCUCACGACGAAAGGGGCCCAGCAGCUUCGACGGCUGCAGACCUGGUAGCGCACCGGCCUCUCGCCUUUUACCACGCAGCCUUCGCCUACUCGACCUUGUUCGGCCUGACGACUACAAACUCCAAGCAGGAUGGACAGCUGGGCGAGACAUACUUUGCACGGGCCAAAAUGCUCCUGGGAAACCCACUAGAGGUAGCAACCUACUCGACCGCCGACGUGGCUGCCCUGGCGCUCAUGGGCAUGUACAUGGUGGAGAUGAACAGGCGCGACGCCGCCUACAUGUACAUUACGACCGCCAUGCACAUCUCCAUCAUGCACGGCGUACAUCGCGGCUGGUCUGUAGAUGAGAUGGGAAAGAGAGUCUUUUGGACCGUCUAUAUCCUGGACAGGUGGAUGAGCUGCUUGAUGGGCCGCCCGCCUACCAUCCAGGAUGAGGUUAUCAGGCUUGAUCUUCCGCGGGAAGUACCGGGCCUCCCCACUUGUAUUGGCAUCUGUGCCAACAUUGAAUUGUCUAGGAUCGCAGGCCAUGUUGUUUGCGAUACAUACCGCAGUGCUCCCGGCACGUGGAAUGAUGCAAGGACAAUGGGCUUGUCACACGUUGACAAGGCUCUACGAAUGCUUUGGAACUGGCAACGAGACCUCCCUCCAGCGUUGCAAUUAUCACACGACACUCUGUCGCGAGACAGACCACUCUGUACUUUGCACAUGAACCACAAUCAGCUUCUUAUCCUUACGAUACGACCCAUGUUUCUCGUUGCCGUCAAAAGGGCAGUGGCAGACCGGUUCUUCACAACACACCCGUGGCACUCGCAGGAGCGCGACCAGCAGCAGACGGAGCUCUCCCGCCCCGCCUGGGCCAGCAUCGAAACCCAUCCGCAGGUCGGCAUGUUCCGCGACUGCUCCGACGCGGCGCGCCGCAAUCUCCGCCUCGGCCGGUGGCUGGCCAAGAUCUCGCCGGCCUCCAAGCUCCUGCUGCCGGACAUGCACUGCAUCUUCAACGCCGCCAUCCUCCUCCUCCUCCACCAGAUCGUCUUUGUCGACCUCCGCACCGACGACGUCUCGGAUAUAUCCUUCGCCCUCGAGGCCUUUGCCCGCGAGGCCGACGUCGGCGACGCCUAUGCCGGCGACUGCCUGCGCGUCAUGCAGGACCUCGCCGGGCUCGUCCGCCGUCUGCGCUCGCUCAUGUUUGACGGCGUCCCGCACAUCCCCAGCCCCCAUUUUUCCUCGGCUAUUCUCUCCUCGGCGCCGUCGCCGCUGCCAUCGGCCGGUCUUGGGCUGCCAAUGUCGAUGAUUCCUCUUCCGAGUCCGGGGCUCGAAGGCCACGGUGGGGCAGACUAUAUGACUUCCAGCCCUGGGCAUCAGCAGCAUCAGCAGCAGCAGCAGCAGCAGCAGCAGCAACAACACCAACAACACCAACAACAACAACAACAACACCAUCCACUCCAUCAUCACCAUCAACAGCAACAACAACCACAUCACUUACCACUCCCGGUUACAACAAUUGGUGCAACACCAGCGCCUCUUGCGCUGAGCUAUGAUGGAGUAAGUAACGGCCUUGGUAUGAUGCCGCUUGGGGUUGGCAGUGGGGAAGCUCUGUACGCGGAGUUGAUGACUUGGCUGGACAAUGACGAAGUAAACAUGAACGGCAUGUACGCCGGGCAGAUGAUAUGA